UCAUUCCCCCUCGCCAAGCUGCCAUUUCUCUCCUCUCUUAGCUCUCGUUCCGGAAAUAGCUGUGUGAGAUAGAGCUUCUCUCCUUGGUUACAAGCUGCCACCUCCUUUCCCCAUCCUUUUCUAUCUUAGCUCCCCACCAAAAGCUAGUUCUCUAAUUUUCCAAACCAUGGCUUCUCCGCCCCUCCUGACUCAACCCACCACCAAGCGGACGCCACCACCGGUUGCUUCUUCUCUCCCAUCCAAACCUUCGGUUCCCUUGGCCACCAUGACCAGCGCCCGGCACAUUGCCCGGCGGGAGUUCGCGAUCUCGAUGGCGGCUGGAGUGCUGUCCACUUCGGCGCUGCUGAUGCUCCCAGCGGCGGUUCCCCUUGCGGCGCUGGCGUCUUCGGAUGAGGAGUACGUGAGGGAGACGACGGAGGUGAUCAACAAGGUGCGGUCGACGAUCAACAUGGACCGGGCGGACCCGAACGUGGCGGCGGCAGUGGCGGAUCUACGGGAGGCGUCCAACACGUGGGUGGCGAAGUACCGGCGGGAGAAGGCGCUGCUGGGCCGGGUCUCCUUCAGGGACAUGUACUCAGCGCUGAACGCCGUGUCCGGCCACUACAUCAGCUUCGGGCCCACCGCCCCCAUCCCGGCAAAGCGCAAGGCCCGCAUCCUCGAGGAGAUGGAUACCGCCGAGAAGGCCCUGCUCAGGGGGAGGUAGUCCUUGUUUUUUGGCCUACCUACAUGCGCGCGGCAUCGUUUAGUCCUUUUUCAGUCACUUGAAUUUGGGCGUGCAAAUUUUUUUGUGCUUUGCUCGGGGCAGAAUCCGACAUUACGUUGAAUUAUGUUAGCGUUUGUGCGUUAUGCUUUUGAGCUAAGAUGUUCUAACAGUUCUGAUGAUGAAAUGAACGUUGUGUGGAUUUCUAUAUUUGGGAUCGAAUAGAUACAGCUUAAAUCCUUACCUACUUU